GCAAAGCAGAAGCACAAACACACUGAAAUCUUUAAAAGACGGCCACUAUCACCAGUGUCGGCUUCACUCUUAUCAGCAUUACCAGCCGGGGACACUGCCAGCACCAUGGAUCUGAAGGAUUCUCUGGUUAAGGGAGGCGUGCUGAUCGUCCACCACAUCCAUGAAGGGAAACACCAGUAUGAAGUGGAAAAUGUGGUCAAGUACAAAAAACCGAGUGGAGAAAAAAUGUUUGUCAGGAGAGGAGACAAACUGAUACAGAUAAACAGCAUGGACCUGCAGGAUCUGACACCUGAGGAGGUGGCACAAAUGUUAGCUGAGGGCAAUCCAUUGCUGACAGUGCACCAGGCCGGCAGGAUGAAGGAGCACACCAAGCAGCCCUGCCCGACUGAGGACUUUUUAUAUCCUGUCUCCAAGGAGUCCACAAUACUCAGUUUCUGCAUGGAGAUGAGGAGGGAGGAAGAAUUGGAGGAGAAUGAAGUGGUGAAGGGCGGAGAAGGAAGGGAGGAUGGGGGUAUAGCGGAGGAUGUUUGCAAAGCUGAAAACAAGGAGAAUGGGGAGGAGAGGGAUCUGCUCAUUAUUUCCAUGAUGAAGACCAGCAUCUCUGUGGUGAGAGGGAGAGGCUGCGACAGUGGGAGCCCCUGUCAGGGAUGUCAUGGGACAGGAUGCACCUUCCAUGACGUUGUCAUGGUGUCAGAAUCCAGAACGGUGACGCUUGUUCCAAGAGGAAGUGGAAGUUUCAGACAGGAAAAGUCUAAGAAUGUUUCAAUCAAACAUGUGGCCUCUCACCAAUAUCUCAGAGGUCUCUGUUCGCAAAAGACCAUCUAUGCUUCACCGAAUCCAGAGAAGAUCACCAUCUACUCAUACAAGUCAAACAUUCUGGAGAGGUGUUUCAGAGGAAUGCCAGUGGUCCUAAACUUGGCAGAGUCCAACUGCUUCCUCAGGUGCUGCAAGGAAGGGGAGAGGGUGCUCCUACAAGUGGAGACAUGCGAAAAGCAGAGGCUGAAGCAGAUCUCCAAGAGCGAUGACAGCACCCUCUCCUUCGUCUUCUACAUGAAGGGUGACCAGUCGAAACAGCUGAAGUUUGAGUCAGCGCUGCACCUCGGCUGGUUCAUCCAAAUCGUCAACACAGACUUAGUGAACAUGGGAUCCCUGGAUGGAGGGAAGGAAGAUUAUUCUUUCCUCUUCAUCAUUCAGAAGUGAUGGAGAGUCACUUCCUUCGGGUGUAUAGUUCUCAGUCAAAGUCAGUUUCACAUUUAAAAUUCUCUUGUGAAUUUUAUCUGGGACUUGAAGAUGAUAUUAAACAAAAACAAAAAAACAUGAGACGAGCUAUUUUGUUUGAGUCACCUGGUCCAGUGACAGAAACCAAUGCAACAUCAAAUUCUGCUAUUGCAGAAGUGCGUAUCAUACAACUAUUGUACCUAUGUACUAUUGUAUCGUAUGUAUCAUACAACUAUUUCUAAUUCAAAAAUGUUUUUGUGUAUGUGUGUGUGUGUGUGGUCCAGACUUAGAUAUGCGACAUAAUUUCAGUUUUGCUGUUUAAAGUGGCCUUUCAAGCAGAUUGUUUUUUUUUUACAAGCAAGAAUAUUUUGUGUUCAAGAUGUAACUUUCAUUAAAAAAUAUAUAUAUUCAAAAUAAGUGUAAAAAAAAACAAGGUGAUGUGAUAAUAACUUUAUGUAUUUAACACUUUCAAAUGUACAUUAUGUUGUGAGCAAAAUUACAUAUGGUAUAAACUAUAAACAUGAGUCCAAUGUAUUAAUACAAGCACAAACAUUAAUUGAGUUCUGAAUGAUGGUUAUAUAAUGUUUAUGUACUGAAUACAUGUAUACUGUAAACAGAUGAUAUUUGGAAAAUCAUUUUGAUAACACAUUCCAUAUUUAAUGCAUAUUAUACUUUGCACACAUAUUAUACUAAGCCAUAGGUCAUAUAAUGUAAACAUGUUUAGAUGUAUUACUCUGUGUAUUUUACACACUUUGAAAAGGCAACAUUUCAGUAAUAGAUAUGUGGCAUACAUUUUCAGCGAACUUAGCACUGGCAAUAUGCAGUAACUGAAUACUUUCUUUAACAUGAUUUUCUUAAGCACCUAUCUACCAGGUGUACAUUGACAACAUUUAAUUUGAUAUUUUAAAACAAGCAAAAGUAUCAAAUAGUAUUACAAACCAUCCAAGCCUUUUACAGAAUGUUAAAUAUUAUAAAGUAAUAUUGGCAAACACAGUUCUUGUUCUUUUGAUUAGCUAUCCUGAGAAUGAGCUGCAUGAAAUUUAAAACAAAUCUCUGAGUAUCCACAUCACAACAGUAAGAGGAAAGGUAGGAUAUUUUGAAUUAUACAAAUGUAAUGUUCUGCAAAUUACAAUACACAAUCUGAAAGCAACGUCAGAAAAACACUGUACCGCCUUGAAAGAACCUAUCCUGGAAAUAAAGCUUGAAACUAAUACAAUUAAA